ACCUUGUUAGGGGCACGUGGCCCGGAGACGCCGGCCCGUGAUUGGCCGCACGGUAGUGACGUCAGACGCAGCGGCGCCCCGCGCGCGCUCAGAGCCGCGCGGUUGAGACUCGCCGAGGAGCGUUAGGCCGGGGCGCACACUCAUGAGGAGGAGGAAGCUCACAGGUGGAGUGCGAUCCUCACCUCGCCUUCGGGCCCAGAGUUACACCUCAGCCAACCUGCCUUCUGCCGAGGACAUCACCACAUCCACGUCUGCCAAGACACCAUGUCUAGCUUCCUCAUCACACAAGGCUACGGACAAGCGCACUUCCAAAAAGUUCAAGUAUGACAAAGGUCACCCUGUGAAGGCAGAAUCACCAAAAGUUGACUCUAAAAGUGACAUUUCUUCUUUGCCAAAAGUGGCCCCUUGUGAAAAUAAGUUGGCAGAGGAGGGUGCUAAGGCUGCUGUCCCUGCACCAGAGGUCGACACACCACCCCAGGGCUGUUCCGAGCCUGUGAGUGAGGAACCCUCGGCGAAGGCCGAAGAUGGCCUGCCCACAGCAGAACCCAGCAAUGCUGCUGCAGCCCAGGAGCCCCCUGACGGCUCUGCCAGACAGGCCGAGCCCGUGCCCAGGACAGAGGAGGGGCAGGCACCUGUGCUUCAGAUGGACAGCAGCGUCUUUCUAGACGAUGACAGCAACCAGCCCAUGCCUGUGAGCCGCUUCUUCGGGAACGUCGAGCUCAUGCAGGAUCUGCCACCAGCCUCUUCAUCCUGUCCUUCCAUGAGCAGACGAGAAUUCAGAAAAAUGCACUUCAGAGCCAAAGACGAUGAGGAUGACGCAGAGCCUUAGCGCGGUCUUUGCCUGCUGAGCAGUUAACCAUCGGACGAUGCAGCAGGUUUUAAGAUUUCUAUGCCACCUUCAAGAGAACACAAUCUUCACUGAACACAAAACUGACAUGAAUAUCACCAGCACAAGCAGCUGGCUAUGACUGCAGGCCUGUGUGCUGAUGCCUUUUCCUGCUUUCAUAGACAUACCAUGCUGGCACAGGUCAGCAGGGGGCUGGGCAGCGGGAAACAAGGAAAAUUCCUGAGAGCUUUGGUUUUGGUAACAGAAGCUUACUUUUCCAUGCCAAACUCAUCACUGGAAAUGAAUUCCAAUUCUUCUGGAAGGACUCUGAGUAAAGAUAGUCAUUUAUCUUGUAGUUUUUUGCAAAGUACAUAUGAGAAGGAAAUAAAAUUUAUUUUGAAAGUA